CUCAAUAGUUCGCAGUUGCCGCAUGGUGGCCGAGUAAUGCCUGCUCUUGGUUUCUGCCAGUAUACUGACCUCCAUGUUGUGAAUCGUGUCUCUGGACUAAAGAACCGAAAGAUUAGCCUCUUAUUCAAAUUUGCGGCACUCGUCACAGGAACACCAGGAAUCUGGUCAGGAUUCCAGCUUGCCGCAAUUGCAUGUACUGAGAUAGUCUGACUAGUCAGUGACGGCAGAAUUGCAAGCGCAGAAGCAUGGCCAGCGGCUACCAUCGACACCCUCAGCCCCAGCCUUCGAUAUUGGCUUGGGACGAAAGGUUUUCAGAAGGACAUGAUAUCCUUCGCCAAAGGCAAGCCGAGCGGAAGCAAUUUUCAUGGACGGCGCAAUCUACAAGCAAAGACAAAAUCGAAGCUGACAACUCGAAUGCCCAUCUCGAUGCGACCAGGGCGACCAAGGCGACUGAAGACGCACAAUUGAAAGAGGUAAAUCCUCUCGACGAAACCCUUUCUGAUGGGCCACAGGAAGACGUUUCCAUCAAAGCUGCCAAAGGAGCUACGGUCAAGCAGGCGUUGCAAGCCGAGAUGCUCGACGAAGACACUGAUGUCAUUCCCGACGAAAUUGUAACUGAUGACUCCAAUGGCUGCCUCGAGAUGACUGAGGAGCAACUAAAAGAAGCAGUGAAUGGUAUCGACCAAGUCCUGUCCGAUGACCCACAGGCAAAUGCCGCCGUCAAGUCUGCCAAAGAAGCCAAGGUCAAGCGAGUGCUGCAAGUAGAGACGGAUCUGCUGAAGACCCAGAUGCCCUCCUCGGAAUGGACAAGGAGACUUUGGAAAAGGCCCUGGACAUUUCCAUACGGUGUUCCCUUUCAAGGUCUCUCUCAAAAGCGUUCUCCUGAAAAUGCCGUACUUGGUCCCAGUAUACAGAACAAGGAUGCAACUACUCAACGGCGACCGCAUUUAUGA